UACAGGGAAACAUUAGGCUACCAAUUAUUGACAAUUACAAAAAAAACCUACGUAAAGAAGAAAAGCAGCAUAGUAUUAUAUUUAAAUCACGUAUUUAAAGAAUUUUUCAUAAAACAAAAAAAUAUGAUUAAAUGUUUACCAUAAAUAAAUAUAGUAUUCUUUAUUUUGUUGCGGUGUUGUUCCGUUUCGAUUCUGUUCUGCACUCUGAGCUAAUCCCGUGUCGUCACGCGUUGAGCGGAAGUGACGUACAUGGCCAGAAGCGUGACGAAGGCUCGCUUAAAAUACAACAAGGAAGUGGGCAAAAUACAGACAACGGUAAAAUACAAUUCACACCGUAAAUAUUCAUUAGCUUAACGGUGACUAGUCAUUGAAUAAGUGCCGGGAGGGUAUAGUCGUCUCGGACUUACCCGGAAGCCCGUUGAUAUCUGUUUGAAUAAGCGUGGAGCUCGAGACCAGCGAUGAACACCGACGUUGAAUUUCACAUCAGGCAGAAUUAUCCGUGGAACAAGCUGCCAGCUAAUGUCAAACAGAGUCUUGGAAACUUGCAGCGCGAGUAUGACAAACAAGUCCUUCUGUACAGUAUCCGAAACCAGCUACGUUUCCGCAAUAACCUAGUCAGGCAUGUGAAAAAGGAAGAGCGCAAGUAUUAUGAAGAGCUGUUGAAGUACAGCCGAGAGCAUUUGAUGCUCUACCCCUACCACCUGUCUGACAUCAUGGUCAAGGGUCUGCGGGUCACCCCCUUCUCCUACUACAUCAGCAUCAUGGAGGACAUCAUGAACUGUGAGAAGAGUUAUGAUUCGCUGCCCAACUUCACUGCUGCUGACUGUCUGAGGCUGCUUGGUAUUGGCAGAAACCAGUACAUUGACUUGAUGAACCAAUGCAGGUCUUCCAAAAAAUUCUUCCGGAGGAAAUCGGCUCGGGAUCUCCUGCCAGCAAAACCCGUGGAGAUCACGGUAGAGCCGUGGUGGGUGGUGCAGACCGGAUACAUCACCGAGGAUGACAUCAGGAUCUGCUCUGCUCCAGAGAAGGUGGCCAUUGAUAAGAUGAUCGAUUCUGGACCCCAGCUGGCCGGAUCAAUGGAGUACAACGUGGUUCUGAGUUUGUACAACCGGGGCUAUAUAUAUCUCGAUGUACCCAUAUCAGAUGACAGCUGUAUAUCAGUGCCUCCGCUCGAGGGGUUUGUCAUGAACAGAGUCCAGGGUGAUUAUUUUGAAACGCUUCUCUACAAAAUCUUCGUCUCCAUCGACGAACAGACUAAUGUGUCCGAGCUGGCUAAUGUACUGGAGAUUGACUUGGGCCUGGUGAAGAAUGCUGUGUCCAUGUACUGUCGCCUGGGGUUCGCAAUCAAAAAGGGUCAGGUGAUCAGCCCAGAUCAGCUGCACCCCUCCUGGAAGAGCGCUCCUUCGGUCAAUAGACUCAAGAGCACGAUGGACCCCCAGAAGAUGCUGCUCUCAUGGGAAGGUAGCAGUCCAGUGAUGGAGGCGGGUUCCUCUGCCACUGAUACUGAUACCACUAGCCUGGAGGACCAGGACACGGCUAGCGUGAGCAGUCUAAGUAUUCCUGCGGCCCCAACGAAGAGGAUCGCCUUCCUGUUUGACUCCACCCUCACCGCCUUCCUAAUGAUGGGCAAUCUCUCCCCCAACUUAAAGAGCCACGCCGUCACGAUGUUCGAGGUGGGGAAGUUGUCUGAUGAGACCCUGGACAGUUUUCUCAUGGAAUUGGAGAAGGUGGAGAGCACCGCUGAAGGAGAGGCUCAGAGAUAUUUUGACCACGCGCUGACCCUCAGGAACACAAUACUCUUUCUGCGCUACAACAAAGAUCUCACUCCUGAUCAGGGCCCUGACUUACCAAAUAUAGGCCUGCCUUUGGACCUCCUCCGCUGUGAGAGCCUGCUGGGAUUGGACCCUGCCACCUGCAGCCGCGUGUUGAACAAGAACUACAAACUGCUGGUUUCCAUGGCGCCCCUCAGCAACGAGAUCCGGCCAAUCAGCAGCUGCACGCCUCAGCACAUCGGCCCAGCCAUUCCUGAGGUUAGCUCCAUCUGGUUCAAACUGUACCUGUAUCACGUUACCGGUCAAGGCCCUCCUUCUCUGCUGCUCUCCAAGGGCUCCAGGCUUCGGAAGCUGCCUGAGAUCUUCCAGGCCUAUGACCGGUUGCUUAUAACAUCAUGGGGUCAUGACCCUGGGGUCGUCCCGGCAUCCAACGUGCUAACAAUGCUGAAUGAUGCCCUCACCCACUCUGCUGUGCUUAUUCAGGGUCAUGGAAUGCACGGGCACGGUGAGACUGUCCAUGUGCCCUUUCCAUUUGAUGAGGAAGAUCUCAAAGCAGAUUUCUCAUAUUCCAACAUGUGUGCACACAAAGCCAUUAAGAUUCUGCGGGACAAAGUAGAUCUGGAGCACCAGUGUGGCUACAUCACCAUGUUGAACUACAACAACAGACAUCGCAGACGACCCAGCUACGCCGAAGGAGACUCUGAGUUUAGUGGAGUGCUUGAUGCCAGUGGAAGCAAUGAAUCUUUCGAGCUGGUCGCAGAGGAGAAUAAUGGAGACGGCAGCAAGAAACAGGGAACUGAAGGAUCCUCCAGUGAGGACGAGUGGGUGCCUCUGGAGCUCUGCUUCGGGAUGCCUCUCUUUAGCUCUGAGCUUAACCGCAAAGUGUGUCAGAGGAUCGUCUCCCACAAGUUGUGCAGCAAAGACAGUCUCCAAGAGUUGCUACAUUCCAGUCGAAAACUGGCAUUAAAAGUUCUCAGUUUUGUUCAGUCAUUCCAGGAGGGCAAACAGCCUGCAGACCCUGACAGUGGGGUUUCAGGUCCCCUGAGUCAACCCCCGGCAGAGUCUGGUGUUCCCCUCCCCGCCAUCAACCUGUUUUUCAAGGAGGGCGAGCUGAAAGAAUGGAGUGGGCGAGCUCCACCCUCUUUACAAAUCUACGCUCCACAGAAAGAUCAACCCACAUAAAACGUCACCCUCAAAACCACCCCAUACCGCACCCACAUCUGACCACUCACAUCACGAGUAACCACAUUACCUCUGUGACCCAGAAACACAUCAAAUGCUGCCGCCGCUGGUCAGGUCUGGAUGCGAGCAUGAGUCCAGAGUCAAACUAUAGAUUCAUUGAGACGGGUUUAAUCACGUGACCUAACCUUCCCACACUUCUGUUUGUCAGAUACCACAUCACUCAAAUACAAAAUGGCUCAUAAGUAUACAAUCUAUUCACAAAAAUCCUAUAUUGACCUUUUAAUGUGUAUAUAGACUUUGAAACGAUGUGGUUGGGUGAAGUCACCCCAGGUCUUCUGUAUAUGAACCCCAGCCUACUUGUAUUGUCAUGUUUUGUGACCUGAUGCAUGAUAUCAUUGCACAAAAUCUCAGAGCUACUUGACUGAAUCAGCAGGGUUUGAAAACAUGAAGAUGCGGUUUACUUUUGCACAAAGCCUGCGGAAGACAUCGGGUUUAUUCUGUUUUUUUCAAAGAAUUGUGUAUGGGUUGUUUCCAGCUGAAACCUGUCUGUCUCAUUUCUGCUUCGCAGAGGAGCGCUUCAGCUUCACUGGGACCAAAGACCAACUGUUGUUUUUUACGUUGAUUUUUACCAUUGUGUUUUAUUUUUCAACUGCCUUAUUUUCUUUGUGCCCAAUAGACUGCUGUAUCACCAAAAGCAUUUAUUCCACUUGUGUGGCACUGAUAUACAUGGCCAGUUUAAAGAAUUCCGGCUAGGACUAACAACAUUUAGACUGAUGGUUUUUACAAGUUAAACUAUUUCCCAGGCACAGUCACACACAAACCUGCCAGUAGUGACAACAAAAGCAUCUCUUAAUAAUAUUAUUAUGUUGAAUGUGUUGAAUAUCAGUAUCAGUUUAGAGUUUGUGAAAAUAUGCAGUACUAUGAAAAGUUAUCCUUCAGUGGCCUGAAUCUUUUCCUUUUGCCUUUACUGAGGAUGCUGGCAGUGUUUCCCCAAACAAACCUUCUAGUGGUGUUUAAUGAUGAUGAAGACAGAUUGCUGCAUGAUGAGUGUGUAGAAUUGUUGUGUGUAUUGUGUGAAGUUUUCUCCUCCGCACCAUUCCAUCUAUACAGUCCAGACGACACCAGCCCCUUGCCUGACCCUAUCACAGUGUUAGGAAAAAAUAACCAAUAGUUUUAUAAAGUCACCCUGCAUUUUAGAAACUCUGUUGUUGUGUAAUUGAUGGGACUGUGAAAAUGCUCUCAUUAUUAAAUGGGUACAAAAGUUACAUUUCCCCCGUCGCGCCAUUGCCAUACACCAAAAUAUAUGUUAUAACAAAUGAACAUGUAAAAAAAAUAUAUGAAAGUACUAAUAAAUAUGUUACAAAA